UUUGUUGGGAUGAAGCAGAGGAUGGGCUUGUUUUGAGGAGGGAAGACCCUCUUUAUUUUAACCUGUUUACCUGCCGGGAGGUUAACUCAAUAUAAAUAUUCUCAUUCCUCCUCCACGGACAUUCGGAGAGAGGUGAUCCUGAAACUGCGUUCUCCCAAGCUUCCCAUUUAUUAUUUGCAGUUCCCACUUCUGGUUGGUGUUAGCAGUUCCUGAGAGUGCAAUGGGGAAGAGCUGUAAAGUGGUAGUUUGUGGCUUGGCAUCAGUUGGAAAAACGGCCAUUUUGGAACAGCUUCUCUAUGGAAACCAUGUUGUUGGUUCUGAGACAAAUGAAACCCUGGAAGAUAUUUAUGUUGGUUCCAUAGAGACAGACCGUGGUGUGCGGGAGCAGGUGCGCUUUUAUGAUACAAGAGGCCUGAGGGAAGGCGUUGAGCUUCCCAAGCAUUACUAUUCCUUUGCUGAUGGAUUUGUAUUGGUGUACAGCAUAGACAGCUGGGAAUCCUUCAAGCGAGUCGAAGCCCUGAAGAAGGAAAUUGACAGGUCCCGCGAUAAGAAGGAGGUGACAAUUGUAAUUCUGGGAAACAAGUGCGACUUACAGGAAGGACGACGUGUGGACCACGAUGCUGUUCAACACUGGGCAAAGUCAGAGAAAGUUAAACUGUGGGAGGUGUCUGUGGCAGAGCGCAAGACUCUGAUUGAGCCAUUUGUCCACCUGGCCAGUAAGAUGACCCAACCUCAGAGCAAGUCCACAUUCCCACUCAGCCGUAAGAAAGGAAGUGGCUCGAUCGACAACUAAUGCAGUAUGUGAAAUGCAAAGAUUCCAUUUGAGCACAAAAGCUUGUUCCAUUCCUGUAAAGCAUUAAUCCCAUGAAGAGCUCCUGUACUUAUUUAUGUUUCUAAAGUUAUUUUCUCAUUCGUAUAAUAAAACUUUUAUUUAUA